AUGUCACAGCCCGAAACCCCACGUACCAGGCAGAAGGGGGUGUUGAAGCGGGCGAGGGCGAAGAAAGAGGUAGCAGAAGAGGUUUGGGAGAGACGUCCCACCAUGGGUGGACUAGAGCAGUGUGAGGAGGAUGCAAACAACACGUUUCCGACGGGUGAGUCGAGUCGGGGGCGUGACGUAGAAGACCAGUACCAUUCAGUACAGAGCGAGAGUACAGAUUCGAGCCCCAAUAGGCGUGUGGCGGCGGAAUCGUUGGUGUCAAACCGCAACAAGGCUAUACACGCCGAGAGGGUAAAAAGGAGGGCCGAGCUCAUGGCCAAGAAGAGGGGGGUCGUGCCUAGUAAGCCGGUCGCACGGAAGGAAAUCCUCCGCAAAUACAUGCCUGAGUUAACGGUAAAGAUACCCCAGAUGGCUGAAGAGAUAUCUCAGUCCCAUCGACUGUCUAGUACCUCAUCAGAGGCGUCAGGGGGGGAGACCACACCGCCGCCAACAUCCCAGUCGGCGCCACCUUUACCUAUACAGGCGGCACAGCCGCCCAGUAGGGAAGAUAUUGAGUGGGGAGGGGAAACGGGGAAAACACGUUGGACACCAAUACCCUAG